CUUCAUUAUAUCCUGAACUUGGCUGAUAGGAUGAGGAAAGAUGCUACGGUCCCGGAUGCCCAUUAUCUCAGCGGGAGGCGACUAUGGCAAAGGACUUUUCGAUAGGGAAAUGGGACCCUUGCAAAACCAGCUCCGCCAUGGAGAAUAUGACUUACUCAAGUUUGCUCCCAUGUUGGAAAGUGACUUUGUGCAGAUUAGCAAGCGAGGAGAAGUGAUUGACGUACAUAAUCAAGUCCAGACGGUUACUGUUGCAGUAGCCUGCACAAGUCCCAGUCUGCUGGUCCCCAAUGUAUUACUUCUGGCUCGCCCCAUCUUUCCCCCUGAAGAGCCGCCUCCAAAGCUUAAAUCCUUCGUCCAUCCCCGCCUCCCAGCUAAGAGAUAUGAGCUCACCAGGCUUUUCCCUCUGUGUCUGGUUAGGAUCUCACUCCACAAUCCAGAGAAGAAGCAGCUGCGAUUCAAGCUGGCAAGUGGCCGUACCUUCUACCUGCAGCUCUGUCCCCAGCCUGGCACCCAAGAAGAUGUCUUUGGCCUGUGGGUCAAGGUGGUCAAUAUGCUGCGGCCACCUUCAGAGUUGAGCACAAAAUCUCACAGCAGGGUCAAAGACCUCGGGAGACAUGAUAGCUCCACUCCACCCUACAGGUCAAAGAGUCCACCAGGAUCCUUCACUCUAGAAGAAAAAGUGAGCAUCCAGAGUAUCUACUCAGCAUCUGAAACACCCAGCCUUAUCCAUGAAGACGUCAUGAGCAGACAAAGUCUGAUAAUGUCCAUGGGGAGCCAGCCAAGCUCCCAAGUACCCAGCUGGUCUCCCGUUGCCAGUGAAGAAAAGGCAUUUGACUUUGACAGCUUCCCAGUUUCAGAGGGAAGGAGGUCCCCACAGCCUUUUGAAAGACCUCCCAGUCGCAAGAGCCGAGGCAGUAGGAAGGAGAGGGCUGGAAGCAGUCCUUCUUCAACCAGACUCAUCCCGGAAGCCCAGCAAGCUCCUCUCCCUUAUCAGAUCCUGCUCCUGGGGGAGCCGGCGGAAGAGCAAGUCUCGAG